AUGGCGGCGGCCCUGGGCGUGGCCGAGCUCCCGGCAUGCUUGGUGUUCGCUCCCGAGGAUGAGGUGGCGGUGGAGUACUACCUCAUCCCCCGCCUCCUGGGCUGGCCGCCUCAGAUGGACGGCCUCAUCCUUGAGGACGACCCGCUGAGCGCGCCGCCGUGGGAGCUCCUCGAGCGGAAUGGGCGCAAGGACGAAGCUUUCUUCCUCGCGGAGGGGCAGGUGCGGUGCGGGAAGGGGACGCGCCAGAAGCGGACCUGCGCGGGCGGCGGCUGGUGGGAGGGGCAGAAGACGUGCGCGGAAGGCAACAAGCUGCGCUUCCCCGGCGGCGGCGGCGACAAGGAGGUCGCGUGGCACAAGAAAGCCCUCAACUUCCACGGCGGCGGCGGCGAGAAGGGGAGCACGGGAUGGGUGAUGCACGAGUACGCGGUCACCGCCCCGGAGGAUCUGGCCCGCUCGCCCCUGAGGCUGUACCACAUCCGACGCAGCGGCUACGGGAGGAAGCAGAGUGGCGCCAUGGAGGUGCCGCGCGCGCUCGGCCUCCCGCCGGGCUUCCUCUUCGCACCCGAGGACGGCGACGUCGUCGAGCACUACCUCCUCCGCCGCAUCCUGGGCCAGCCACUCCCGCUCGACGGCCUCAUCCUCGACGGCGACCCGCUCAGCGCGCCGCCGUGGGAGCUCCUCGCUCGCAACGGAUGCAGAGACGACGCCUUCUUCUUCACUCUGGGGCAGGCGAGGAGCGGCAAGGGCUCGCGGCAGAGGCGGACAUGCGCGGGCGGCGGGUUCUGGAACGGCGAGAGGAAUUGCGCCGACGGCGAGAAGCUGCGGGUCCCUGGCGGCGCGGAGGUGGCGUGGCGCAAGAAAGCUCUCAGCUUCCAGGAAGGCGGCGAGAAGGCCAGCACGGGGUGGGUGAUGCACGAGUACGCGAUCACCGCCCCGGACCACCUGGCGGAAUCGUAG